GUUUAUAAAUAUAUUACAACUGAAAUGUGAAACCUCUUUGCAGGUUUAGAAGUUACAGAAGUUUGGAAGAUGAGCUUGUUACUGAGUUUACCCGAGGUUGUCAGAAACCUAAUGCAACAUAGGGUAACACGGUGAUAGGUUUAUAAUUGUGCAUCACGAUGCUGUAUGUCGGUUUUGAAGAGGGCUCGAACACAGACGAUAGACACGUCCCACCAACGUGACUUCUGUGUAUACUUAUCUUAUGCAAGUGUUGAUGCCCUCGUCUUGAAAAUACACAUGUCGUUCAAAGUAAGACUACAACCGAGUGCAUCACAGAUCAUCCGACCUCUGCUAAGAGAUAAAACAAUCGUGACCUGAUAUGAUGAGUUACAUGACCUGAUAAGCGCGUUGUUACGACCCCAUGGGCAGUGUAUCACUGGUCAGUUACUAGCAUGCCGGCCAACGUGGACAUAGUUCAGCUCUGCCUGUGGACGACGCUUGUGGGUGUCUCACAGUGCCUGAUCAGUUGUGACUUUGAAGACAGCCUUUGUGAUUGGUCAGAUUUGUCCAACUCGACCUAUCACUGGACGAGACACUCCGGUCCAACAGCAGAUUUCACAUCUGGGCCUCACAAUGACCAUACUUUCAAAGACGCCGCUGGUCACUUCCUUUAUACAAAUGGCGACAGGGCAUCUAGGUCGGCAGUGGCACGAUUAAGGAGCAAUUCUAUCACCCUUACAUCCAAUGUCAACUUUACCUUUUGGUACAAUAUGAACGGAAAUGGCAUUGGCAAUGUGUCGUUAAUUAGAGAAAACAACGAUACCUCUGCUGGCAUUGUUUUAUGGGUACGUCAUGGUCGCCAAGGUUUCAACUGGCUAGAGUCACACAUCUCUCUAAAUCCAGGGACAUUUCAGCUGCAGUUUGAAUCGACUGUAUCCCGCCCCUACGGCAGUGACAUUGCGUUAGACGAUAUCAAGCUGUUAUCAGAAACACAAGUUGUCAGGACAAGACCACCUUCAACUUCAACGAUAGAAACUACACAGACAUCGGAAGGAAUGUCCACAACGACAGGAUCGAAAUGCAACGUCCAUGACCCUGGACUGAUAAUGUCAGGGUCGUGUAACUUCGAGACAAACGGGACAUGUGGCUAUACAUGUUCCAGGGGACCGCUACAUUGGGGGUUAACACAGGGGAAGAGGGGCUACAUCAAUGUUAUACCGGGCGACCAUGGCACCGGGACAGGCCAUUAUAUGUACCUGGGCACAGACAAAACAGGAAGCAGCCCCGGGUAUACAGCAAGUUUAGUGUCGCCAGCCCUCGGGAAGAACACAUUGGCCUGUCUUCAGUUCGCCUACAUCAUAACAUCCGGACUUCCCAUCACCCUCAGCGUCUACGCAGAAACGUCUGGACAACGUCGUCUAUUGGCGUCGAUCACAACUCACACAAUGACGUCUUGGACAUUGAGAGAAAAUAUCACACUGUGUGCUGAUACAUCAACUAAGAUUGUCUUCGAGGCUGCAAAUCAAAGCCAUUCAGCUUCCGUAGGUUUAGAUGACGUCAACGUAACCAGUGGUGAUUGUAACGACAGUUACAGACAUACUGCCGGGCAUCAAUCAACAAUGGUAACAACCCUACCUUUGCCAACCAGAACAUCGAGAUCUUCAAAGUCAGCUGGCUACAGAACCUUUACUCCAACGAAAGAUCAACCAGCCGUCACGCCAUCUACUUCGGCGACAUUGGCAACUACCUCAAAGAAUGGCCAAGUACUUGUUACGCCAUCUACUCCGGCAACUACCUCAACAAAUGGUCAAACAGCUGUCUCGCAGUCCAGUUGGGUAACAACGGCAACUACCUCAACAAAGGGUCAAACAAGCGUCAUGCUAACAACUUUAGCAAGGCCUUUCUCGACAAGUAGUCAAACAGAAAACAACCCAUCAAUGAAGAAUUCUCUAUCUCCAUCUGUAGCUCCAUCGAGUCAGUCCCUUGAAACAACUGGAACAACAUCAGGAAGCGCCUACCUAGCGUCCCCCUCCACGACAGGAGGUUCAGUAACAACGGGGGGCACUGCUGCCACGUCCAUCUCUAACAUUCACACGACGUCUUUUCAAGAUAACAUUACUACUAGUUCAGAUGCGACAUCAACAAUAAUUGUACCGUCCACUAUAUCAAGCAACAGUAAAGGUCCUAGUGUCCAGACGUCUCCGUCAGUGACAGCCAGUACACAUCUUCCCAGAUCCACUACCCCAUCCUCCGGGAGGCACGAGCAGUCGUCCCAAGGCGGACUAUCAUACGAUGACAAAGUUGUGCUCAUCGUUGUUGCUUGUGGUGCACUUCUAAUCGCAGGUGUUGUCAUCACAGUGUGGAGACUGCGUGUGAGGCGAAAGUUGAAUGUUUCUGAAAUCCCCAGUACUUUGGACACCAGCAUUGAGCUGCAAGCAAACAUAUACAAACACAGUACUCAUAUGUAGAACCUGCCGCUUCUUCUCACCAGGCCGUUAGAACAACACCCUCGCGGCCUUAUUGGCGUGAUUAAAGAUGUCAAGUACCGACAUCGGAAAAAUGACGCCCAUAAUAAUGGACCAACAGUUUGUUUGUUGGCUUGCCAGCAAUAUUCUAGCUAUAUCACGGCUACCUGUAAAAUAAUCGAGUCUGUGCCAGACAAAGCAGAGGUUGAUAGCAUGAACAACGUCCCAUGCGACAGGAGUACAAUGACGGGCAAACAACCACGUCCCCGAGCCUGUCCACCAUGUAGCCGCCUCCUGCGGUAGUCACAGGUUACUGGGGACAAAUUCUAACUUGGAAUUACCUGCUUGCUUGGGGUAGAUAUGUCCCGGGGAAUCAGUAACCAAUAUGUGCGUGGUGUUCGCUGAAAACAGACACAGCUUUAACGUUACAAGUAUUGUAACCUACCUUUUUUCACAGCCUCGAUUCAGUUGUUUUCUUUGUUUGCUGUAAUAAUGUUGCAGUGUGUGAUUAAAUAAACCGGUGCUGCGGC